UUGGCAGAAGUCAGGUCGUACAAGUCAGAAAGGUUUCUUACAGCAAGUUUUGUUGACGAGUUUGCCGGUCUUGGCAUGGGUGAAAUCUUCUCGGUGAAACUUGGAUUCAGCUCAUACACUGCCCUGGCUGAAAGAAACAAUAUUCUUAUCGUUUCGCUGACGUUGGGCAGGGAAACUAUGGCGUCCUCGGGUGAUGAGUCCUCUCUCUCCUGCUACUCGGACGGCGAAGUGGAGAAGGGAGGUGCGCGAGCUGUGAACAGCGUUGCUUCAGGUGUGAACGUCACCCGGCUGCCAGAGAGUGUAGGGGCCAAUGGACUUGGUGACCGUCGCCUCGAAACGCCUCUUGCCGCACUGCGUGAUAUGAGAAUUGAUGGAGCUGGUGCAACUAGCGGCGUAAUGAGCCCCGAGGAUAUCGAGCGUACACUGUUAGACGGUGGGGCUGAAGAAGCCGAGGAAGUGGAAAAUGUAGCUGACGAAGGAAAUGUUGCAACCCUUUUGUAUGGUGAACCAAUAGCUGCGGCGGAGAACGAAAGAAGGUGGUCGUACAGCGAAGACUUAUCGUCAGAUCCAAGUGAAGUGAGGCUGAAUGUUGAGCUUCUGGGCGCUGCUGAAGCAAGCGUAGUUUCUUGUGCGGAUACUGAUGGGGCAGCAACCCCUAUGCCUGCGAACCGCUAUGAGCGAGUGAACACCCCUUCCAGGGAAUACACGGUCAAGGCAAUGCCCAGUCAUGUACAGGACCCAGCUGAGCGAGAGAGGUUGAAGAAAGAGUAUGCACGUAAGCUGGCAGAGAAACAACGCGGUGUGAACGAAAUUAACCGGCAGCUACGCAUCUCCGAAGAAGUUGACCUUUGCUUUAUGGUUGACGCCACGGGCAGCAUGCAAAGGUGGAUAGAUGCUGUCAUGAGCAAUAUUGGAAAGCUGUACAAGAGAAUGCAAAAGCUGUAUGGCAAAAUGUGCUGCAUGCGGGUCGCAUUCGUUGCCUACACCGAUUACGAUGUGAAGCGUCGUGACCGUGUCAAAGUGUUUGCGUUCGACUACGAUCCAGAGAAGUUCCAGAAGUUUCUGAGCACAAUACGGGCGGAUGGCGGUGACGAUCAGGCGGAGGAUAUCAUGAUCGGUUUUGACGCAGUUACUACCAAGCUCCAGUGGCGCAAGGACGUAACAAAACUGCUGAUACACAUUGCCGAUGCCCCCUGCCAUGGCAGUGAUUACCAUGACGAUGCCAACGACAAAUACCCGAACGGGGACCCAGACGGCUACCAUCCUGAUGACAUGAUGAAAGCUUUGGCUGAAGAAGAGAUCCAGUACUUCUUCGGACGGAUCAACGGCUCAACAGACAGAAUGAUUCGCUGUUUCGACAGGAUGUUGCGUGCUCACUCUCCUUCAGAGAAGCAGCUAUCAAUCACAUCUUUUAACGUGACCGACCCAGACACAGGCCACUUCAUUGACCAUCUUGAGAACGCAGUCCAAUGUAGUAUUCAACAUUCACUGGAAGGGUUGAGGGGCACACCGCGACAAGCAGUGAAGCUAAUGAACGAAACCCAAGGCAUUCCGGAACACUUCCACGGCAUUCCGGACCGAAAGGGUGUAGCCAAAACGUUUGCCAUGCCAGAAAGCAUUGACCAGCUGCUAGCAGGAGGAGAACUGGUCAUGACUACUCACGAGGCAUGUGUUCGGAUUGCGCCCAAACCGUUCGCAAUGGGAAGCUUUCGCCUGGCAUACCAUGCAUUUGACACGAUCCAUGACAAGCGAUUGGUUGUCAAGCAAAGCCAGUUCCAGGAAAUCCAGUUCAAUCGGAUGAAACGCUACCUGGAGGAUGCUGAGGUCCAAGCUGCAGCAGCCAGGUUUCUAACUGAGUUCAAGAAAGUUGUGCCCGGAGGCCUCCUCAGUGAGUACGACAUCAAGAUGGUCGUUGCAAAGGUGAUGGCAUUUGAGGGCGUUGCAGAAGGCGAUCGCUACAUGGCCAUGGAGGCUUUGCUACGCGUGGGUCCACGCGGCUUCAUCAAGUUCAAUAACAACGGCCGAUAUGUUCGAGAGGAUGAGACAGAGCUAAACCACCUUGUUCAGGCAUUCUCCCACUGGACGUGGGUUGCUUCCAAGAAGCGCAUGCUUGUCGUGGAUCUGCAAGGGGCCGUCAUUGGCCGGAAGUUGUAUCUAACUGACCCAGUCAUCCACAGCAAGGAUCUCCUUCGAUUCGGCCAUGGUGGUAACCAUGGCAGCAGUGGUAUGAUCUCCUUCUUCAAGUCACACAAGUGUAAUGAUGUGUGCGAUGUCUUGAAGAUCCGAGAAAUGAGGCUGCUUUAGAUGAAGGCCGAAUGCAACGUCGGCAUAGGAUGUGUAUUCCUGCAGUAAUCCGGUCCUAACACACAGCGGCCUGUUAUCUCUAUGGCUUUUCUUAUUAUGUUUACUUUGCUUCAAUGCUCAUUAUUCAAGGACCGGCUAGCUAGAACACAAGAACUGUAUUCUCUACUCAGCAUUUCGAGGUAAACAACUGUUCUGCAAUGACCGUACUCAGGGCCGCCGGAAACCAGUCCGCUUGGUCCGGUGACAGCCGGACCAACUCUGGCUCAGGUCAUCUCCUGGGAUUCGUCUAUAACCGGGGAGAAAAAGUUCUGGGUACAUAAUUGUAUUAUCGAUCAUGCAUACUUGUACAUGUACAUAAUAACAUCUUGCCACCCGUAUCCAUUCUCUCAAACUCAAUCUGUGUCCACCUCACCUCCACUGUUUCAACUGGUUCUCUUCCCGUAGCACGAGAAACUCCCUUCCCCUUCCGAAACCUAAGUCUUUCUUUCUACUUCACUCUCCCUUUUUCACUGCGUACUCUGCGUGGCUGGCACUUCCCCAAGAAGCUAAAGACCUUUCUUCCCUCCGCCUUUUUAAGAGCCUUGUCGCACCUUACUUUGAUUUUGUGUUUCUCAUUUUGUUGCAAUCACUGCUUAUCCAUGCCGGUUCCUUUUUUCUUCUCCUCCCCUUCUCCCUUCCUUGCCGUGGUUGGCUAACACCCUCUCUCUUUGUAUUGGCCGGUGUUCUCACUGUGCUAUGAGAUGCUGUGAUAAAUAAAUUACAUGCACCCAUACUCCCAUAGUAGGCCAAACAUUGUUUAAAAUGUGAUAAAAAUAAUUGUACAUUGAUAUCCAUGCAAAA